UGGAUCAAACUGCCUAAAUGAGAAGAAGGGCAUUUCUGCUACAACAAGGAAGCCGUUAAACUCCUGCUAAGCUAACCGUCUCACGACCGACCUCCUCUAUCACUGACCAGGGAUUAUUUCUGACAAUCCAGAAUAUUCCGAAAGCUUGGAGACAUAUGGCUGGAAAAUGAAACGACCCUGGAGUGUGGCCACAUCAUUACUUUGUGUCGCGUGGUACCAGAUGGGCAACCAGUGAAUGAUGCAGAGAUGUGAACGGACAGUUUUAUAGUGUGAAUUUCCCCCCCCCAUAAAGCCAAAGCAGACUUCAUUUCCCUUUUCUUUGGGUUUGUAAUAUUUGGAUUUUGUCCUCUCUGCAGUAUCAGUUAACUCCGUUUGGCAGUGGGGUAGCCAAAAGGAAGAGGAUGAAGCGAUCUCUAAAAUCUCAGUAAGUGUCGAAGGAGCCACAGCACCCAGGCUGCGAGCUGCCUCGUCCUGCGCGGAUUUCAGGGUUGAGAACAGCGCAAGCGGUUAUGGAGCGGACGGUGCACUCCAUCCGCCGAGGAUAGAGACCCCGGCGCCGGGAGGGGUCCGCUCGUUUCGCCGCAGCCUUGGAGGCCGCGGCUGCCUCUCAUCCGCUUGGUCUCAUUACCAUUAUCCUCGUUCUUGAAAAGUCAUGGAAGACGGCCCGCUGCCAGACCUCAGAGACAUCGAGCUGAAGCUGGGGCGCAAAGUACCCGAGAGCCUAGUGCGCUCGCUCCGUGGGGAGGAGCCGGUUCCCCUAGAAAGGGACAGGGACCCCUGCGGGGGGAGCGGCGGCGGUGGCGGCGGCUGCAGUGGUAGCAGCAGCAGCUGCAGCUUCCCUCCCUCCGUGUCGUCCUCCUCUUCGUCCUCUCCAACCUCUGUCUCCCCACGUCGUAGCCACUGCAGCGCCCUGGAGAGGCUGGAAACCAAGCUGCACUUCCUCAGGCAAGAGAUGAUUAACCUCCGAGCCACAGACGUCAGGCUCAUGCGCCAGUUGCUUGUUAUCAAUGAGAGCAUUGAGUCCAUCAAGUGGAUGAUUGAAGAGAAAGCCACCAUCACCAGCCGAGGCAGCAGUCUCAGUGGCAGCCUGUGCAGUUUAUUGGAGAGUCAGAGCACCUCCUUACGUGGCAGCUACAAUAGUCUUCAUGAUGGCAGCGAUGGGCUGGAUGGCAUCUCCGUGGGGAGCUUUCUGGACACUUUGGCGGAUGAUGUCCCAGGCCAUCAGACCCCAUCGGACUUGGACCAAUUCAGCGACAGCUCCAUAAUAGAGGACUCUCAAGCCCUGCACAAGCACCCCAAACUGGAUUCCGAAUACUACUGCUUUGGCUAAUGACCCAGUUUUUUGCAUGGGAUUGGUGUGCAAUUAACUUGUAUUUAUCCUUCUCCGCUGCUAUAUUUUUGGUGUGAUUUUUUUUUAUAUGACAACCUUUUUAAAAGAAGCUUAUUUUGAAACUGCUUGAUGAUAAUUCUGUUGCUCCUAAUCUUUCUUAUCUGGACUGAUUUAUCUGUCUCUCUUACAUCUUUAUUUUUAUUUAUUACCGUGAUUUUUCUCCCCUCUUUUACAGUGGCACAAAUAAAGUAGGGGGAAAAAGAAUAAGCAAUAAUCAUCUUUUUGCUUUUGUUUUCAGAGCAAGGGGUCAGGGAUUACCAAAAAAAAAAAAAAAUCUUUGCUAAAUUUUACAAUAAACCAAAGUCUGAUAA